UCCUCGCUGCCAGGUGAGCUUCCUGCUCCGUGAUGUUGUGAUUGAUAAAAAUACAGCAAACAGCUGCCGUGCAUUAUUUGAGCAUGAGGAGUACGUAUAACAGCUACACAUCUUGCGUCCGUCUUAACCACUGUGCACCAGCGAGAAGCGUUUAUUGUGUUGUCUUUAUCGUUAUACCUUUGUAUCAAGAAUUAGUCUUAUUUGUAAAGUGAGGAAAGGGAGGAACGUCAUAGCAGCUAUAGGAUAAUUUAUGCAAUUGUGCGCGUGUGGAAGAAUCUCUUUGGAGACCUGCCAUAUGCCUGCUAGUACGUAAUAACAACAUAAUCGCGUCUCUCUGUAUGUAAUCGCUUUUCGUCAGGUACCUUACUUAUAGUGUAGCUUUUUUCUGAAGUAAACAGAGAGGUUGGCAAAGGACUGCCUGAGCGCACAUCGGUGAGUGUUACCAGUGCCCUGCGCCAUUGGGUUUGCCUUUACUAUAGCCCGCGGGCUUCCGCGGUCUCUUCUGUGACCAAUGGUCCGUGCCCUUGUCCCGCGAUUGCUAUCAAGAUGACGUCGAUAUUGACGAAAUUCCGGCGCGUCCUCUUAGCAGUUGUUUAGAGCCCAGUAGAACGAGUCGACGCGGUCACUACCCCGCGCCUGGCUAACAACGUCAACACGUAACGCGGCGGGCCUCAAAAGCCGUCUACCAUCAGUGUUUGCGCGAAUUCUUCUACUGCUAAGCGCAACUACGGGUAAAGCCGUCAAAGAAAGGGUAACGGGCAACGCCUUAAUCGACGGUACCGUGGGCAAACGACGUUCAGCCGCGGUAGUCGCCGAUGUUCCUUGGCCGCCAAUUCAGAUAGCAGAGAACAGAUAUCCUUCGAUCAACAGCGACGAGGUGCUUCAAACCAGCAGGGGCGGUUUUCAUCAAUAGACGCGUGUUGCUUAGUAAAUAAUCGCAGCGCACAUCCGGCGUAAUUCAAUACGCUUAGUUGCCUUCGAAAGCCAAUAUCCUUCUUACUUUCUGUACAUAUUGUGUGAAUUAUAAACAACAAAUAGAAGCUCGAAACAACAUAAUACGUUGCACACUAUGCAUGCAGGCAUAGAUAAGAAUAUUUAAUAUUCCGCUUUAUUGUUUCUCAGCCAAAACAAAGCAAAGAAAAAGUUUCGUGGAAUUAAACAACAUAGUUACAGUGACGUACAAAUCUAGUUACUGCUAGUUAGGGGUGAAAAAAGAAUAGUAACAGCACCAGGAUCACAGCCAAAUAGAAAAACCCGAAUGCGAGGAUAAUAUUCUAGCUGGCCCGUCGGCCUAUAGUUGUGCUCAAUUCAGAAGCUGCCAAGGAUUCCCACCAUACGCGUCUGUUCUUCAAUUGUAUUUGAUCGUAUAUUGAAUAUUGUGCAGUGAAUCAUCAGCAAUCGUAGUGAAUCAAUCGUACGCCGCCGUGGAUACGUCUUUUUUUGUUUUGAUUAUAUGUUUGUCCGUCGAUUUGCUCCAACCUUCAUCCGUUCAUCGGCCAGUAGAAGCUCAAUGCCUCACCUACUUCCACGUGGUGGUGUGAAAAUCGUGUCCUUAAAUCGUGUUGGUGCUUGAUCAUCGGGGAUUGACCGCUUAUAUGAUGAGUAAUCGGUAAUUGCUUGGGUGCUUGAUGAAUAAGUGAUUCGCGAUGCUAUUGAUUGAGGCGUGAUGUGUUGUGACUACCAGUUACUAGUUAUUAACAUAGAAAAAACGACUAUGGGCUUUAAUAGUGGACUACCGGAGAUUCUUCUGAAUCCAGAUCUUCUGCAACAGCAAUUGUUACUAUCAGUUCUCCAAGUAGUUCUGGACGUUCAGCCAAAAGGGUCAGAGCGUCUUUCCGUAAAAUAAUAGACGUAUACAAUGCCCUACUGUUCAGCGUUGUCAACUGAGCGUGGCCAUUAUGGAGGUGUCGUGACUAGACGUCCUCGGCCAUCACCACCACAGCUCGGCCAACAGUAUCAUCAUCAUCAUCAUCAUCAUCACCACCAUUGUUAUCAUCAUGAAACAAAACAGUACUCUUACGACAACUACAAGCAAUACUUCUGCCGCCAUCAUCAUAACACUAACCAAAUGUCGGAUACUAGGAUAACUCGUUCUACGACAAUUAGUACUGCUACUUCUACAACGGCGGCAGCAACGGUUAUGAGUGGACGUCAUCGGCUGGACGAUCGGCGCGCACAACUGCUACCACGUAUUGUUCUGUGCUCACUGUCUAUACGGGUCCUCAGUACGUUAAUGCUUCAAGUGUUUCUAAUGACCACGUUUCUACACGCAGGAAGGGCCUCAGUCCACGAGGGACUACACAUCGAACCCGAGGUAACAACGGUUCGAGCUGUCGUCGGCGGUCGCGCACAUCUGCCAUGCGAUAUCGAAGUGCCGUCACCCCAGAGGGGAAGCGAUGCCAAUGACGGGGAUAGCAGUGGAGGCAUAUCGUUGAUUCUUUGGUAUCACGGAGACUCUCACUCACGGGGUGGCAUCCCGAUCUACUCGCUGGAUGCUCGGGAUUUGCCAUUAUCGCGUGCACGUCCAUUUCCUAGUGCCGAAUACAAUAAUCGGGCGUAUUUCGAUGUGAUCGCUCGCCCUCCCCUGCUCAAAAUUGAGCCCGUUCAAGAGACGGACGCUGGCGAAUACCGCUGCAGAGUGGACUACAGCAGACAGCGAACACAGAAUCGAAUUGUAUACCUAGACGUCGUCGUACCUGCGAGAGACGUCCGUAUCAGAAAUACGGAAGGAAAGAUUCUGAGCGGCGUCAUCGGACCCUACGACGAGGGAUCCCAUCUAGUACUCAUUUGCGAGGCAACCGACGCUAAACCACGUCCCCGCGUAACGUGGUGGCGUGGGGAGGAGCUCCUAGAUGAUUCAGACAAGAGUCACGACCACCGACUUGUAAGCAACGAGCUCGUCAUCAAACGUCUACAGCGGCACGAUCUCAAAACGGCACUAACGUGCCAAGCCGAGAACACCAACAUGUCCAAUCCCAAUACACAGCGCACCGCUAGCGUCAUCAUUGACAUGAACCUGCGUCCACUCGAUGUACGAAUCAGCACCAUGAAGCGACCUCUAUCGGCGGGCCAAGAGACAGAGGUCACAUGCCGCUCUACAGGAGGCCGACCGCCACCCCAACUAACCUGGUGGAUUGGUCAACGAAGGCUCAGCGUCCUUCGCGAAAACGUCUCUGACGUCGACAACUACACAUCGAAUACAGUGGCGUUCUUGCCGAGCAUCCACGACAACGGGAAGUUCUUGUCGUGCCGUGCGGAUAACCCCCUGCUCUCGGACUCCAGUCUCGAGGAUGGCUGGACCUUAAACAUCCAUUAUGUCCCUCAAUUGGACGUGUCGAUCGGUGCCAACAUGAAGCAUCCGUCCGUGCACGAAGGGGGCGAUGUAUAUUUCGAAUGCAAGAUACGAGCCAACCCUCCCGUCACCGAGAUCGGUUGGAAGUUCGAGGGUCAGCCGUUAUAUCCUGACAAACACCAGGGUAUCAUAAUUACGAACCAGUCACUGGUCCUGCAAAAGGUUCGCCGCGAAAGCCGGGGCCAUUAUCAGUGUGUGGCAUCGAACUCCGAGGGCGAAGCCGAAAGCGACAAGAUCUUGCUGCGUAUUCAUUAUGCCCCCGUCUGCAGGAAAAAGCAGAACCUCAUCUACGGCGUCGCCAGGGACGAAGACGCCGAAAUACCGUGCCACGUUGAAUCUGACCCUCCGCCGACAGACUUCAAAUGGGCGCUCAACAACUCCGUCGAACUGUUCGAUGUGAAGACGUUUAAUUUCAACGGAACUAAAUCGGUUGUCACGUAUAGGCCGAGAUACGCCAACUCAUACGGCACGCUAUACUGUUGGGCUAGUAAUCAGAUUGGUACCCAAAAGGAACCCUGCGCAUAUCACGUUGUCCCUGCUAGUCCUCCGGGUCAGCUACGUGCUUGCUCUGCCAGCAAUGAAACGUUCAGUACCAUUCUGGUGGAAUGUAAACCCGGCGAGGCAGGCGGGCUUCGCCAAUCGUUUCACCUCGAGAUAUUCAACUUUAUUCAGGAAUAUCUCGAAUUUAACUUGACACAGCAAGAUGCGCCCGUUUUCCAGGUUACAAAUUUAGCGCCAAACACCAAGUACAUAUUUCUACUUUACGCUGCAAACUCCAAGGGACGCUCUAACACUAUUUCAUUUAUAUCUUCGACGGUGGCCGCCCCUGAUGACGAGUUAUCUGACUCGGAUUUGCUGUCAUCGCUCUUCAGCCCGGUACUACUCUCGCUCGUUGCGGGUAUUUCUAUGCUUAUUGUCGUAGUUGUUAUCGUGAUCUUUAUCAUGCGUCGGCGCGAUGCUCUCGAAAAGGGUAAUCCGCCGCAGACAAAUCUCAACGAAAAGAACAGCGGAUCAUGCCGAAGCCUGAAAGCGCCCCCCGAAGAGAUCCAGCUGACACAAGUGCAAAACAAGAAGCUCAUUACAUCGUUCACCCCAGACAAUUCACAUGAGUACGGCCAUCAGGUCGCGGUCGAAACGACGCUCAGCUCGUGCCUCGGCAAUGACCUCUCCCUCGAUGGCAGUGCAUGCUCUACAACGCCUUUAGAUCGACGCGGGGGCCCGCCGGGUGGCAAUUGCACCGUGCUCACAUAUCCUGCUGCGGCAGGUGGCGCACUGCCAACGAUGGGGUCGAUAAGCGGACCCCUGAGUCCUGGCGGCCCCGAGGCUAUGACGAUGACUCUUGGUCGAAACCAUGACCUGCCCUUUGGCCUAGACGGUGGUGGGCAGAAAGACCUAUCAAUUCACAUGGCGACUAUGCGAAACCCAAAACAGCACGGUGGUCGACAACUGCAGAAUUCGCUCUGCAACACCAAUAAAAUCGACUCGGCGUUGUUGAGGUAUGCCGAAUUGUCGUUACCACGCACCAACCAUCGGUUAUGUCCUGUACGAAUAAGGCAACAGCAGCAGCAGCAGCAGCAGCAGCACGGGCUGGCGAGCGGAGUUGUCACAAACCCAAUUGGCGGCCACCUUAGUGGACCUGGUCAGCUCGAACCCACGACUAUGUUGCCUCAGAGUCCUGAUGUCGUCUUCGAUCGGCCACCAAUGCCACCCUUGCCUGGCCAGCUAACGCUGACAAGCGGCAAGUGCGACAUCGACCUUCUCGAAGACGUUCGUACGCCGAUCAUGAUGCAGCAGGCUGCCAAUGUGGUAAGCCACACGACAAAUCAGCUUCUGACGACUUCGUCCACCCCAACUGGCCAGACGCAGACGCCGAUAUUGCUUGACGGACCAACGAUACAAACGGCCACUGUCACUCAACGGUUAAUGGGUGGAGUCACGAAACAUCCGCUCGACGUGAACGCAUCCACCCCUGUGUGAACAACGUCUAUAAAAAUCGGAGGCGAUGACCUGGCGGCCAGCGGCACCACAAGCUUAUUGAGCCCAACGUCUACCUUUAUGGCCACUGAAGCGUCAAACUUACAGAAUUAUAUAUAUAAUGUACAGUGCGAUAAUGAAAGAAAUAUAAGCAACGUCAUUAAUGCGUUCACGAGCGUACCAGCGAGAAGAUAACGUAUACGCAUGUAGAGUGAGAAGGAUGAAGACUGAACAUAACGCGAACGUAAUACUGUAAUGCACACUAUUAAAAGGUAGAUUUAGGUCGAGCUAGGACAGAAGAUAGAACACAGACGGAUAACGGAAGUCGUCUCUAGCUACGAAGGGAAAACAAAACUCCUGUUGGGUCUGAACCCAUAUACCAUGUCUGCUCAUCAGGCCGAGUGAAAUUUGUCAGCUCUCUGUUUUAAGCGGUCGUAGUCAGGUGUGAAUGCUAACCGGUGUGUCUGUGGUGAGCAACUGGGCUGUGACCAGAUGAGUGGCGAUGGCGACGACAUUUGUAUUUGUGUGUGUAUUCGGACGUAGGAUAGCUGCUUGUACUAGAAUAGGGACCUAGUGGGUCGGACGGGUAUCGGGAGGGCGAUAACCUUCCGAAAGCAGCACAACACAACGCAGAAAAUACAUGGAAAAGUAACAAGCGGCCAGAGACAAAAAGAAAGUAAAACAAAGGGACUCGGUCGCCUUUGUCACAGAAAUCAUCUCUGGUCCCAUCACACUUCACCGUCACCAACUGCAAGAGGCGUGGGGCUGAAAUAUUUAGUCCCCGCUCUGGUAAGGGCUCAGCGGAACAGGUAUGACGUUACGGCUAGUAAGUAUGGCCAUUGUGCGGUGGUGAUAUCAUUUCGGAACAUACACGAACAUAUAAAACAAGAGGUAAAAGCAAACAUGACGGAAAAUUUCAGAUAGAAACAAAUAGGUGUACAUAAACCGUAGAUAUAACUAAGAAGCUUGACAAGACAAGGAGUUGUAAGUGCUACAUAUUAUGUCAUUUUAUUUUAGUUAUAUUUAAUAUAUUUUAGUUUUAGUUAAUAAUUAUUAACUUUAAUAACAGUAAAUAUAUAUAUAUAGAGGAGAUAAACUGUUAGCAAAAAGAAACCCGAAAGAUACAAAGCAACAACUACAUCAGCAAGAUUAAUCAUAUUGCAGUAUCAGCUGACUAACCAUCGCGAUGGAACUACGUCGUCAGUAACGUUGCGUGUUAAUACAUUUGAGACCUUCGUAAACCGGCACGAUUGCACAACAGACAAUUCCGGUUAAAGGAUAAAUUGCAUUAUAUCGUUUUUCCAUUCUUGUGCGUGCAAAAACUACAAUCCCGUGCUUACAAACGAACAUAACUAGUAAUUACAGGACAAGCACAGAAUAAGUAGUCGAUUUUUUUCACGUGUUGCAUUGCUCGACCGCCCAUCCAUGUCACAUUUGUUUAGCAAAUUAUUGAUCGCUGGUAGCGCGCCCACACUCGCAGAAUAUGGAACAUUACUACAUCUACUAUUACAGUAAAACAAAUUGUAGGAAGCACAUGGCUGCACAGUAAGCGGUAUAUCUCUCUCUGAGUUGUGCCAAAACCAGGAACCUUCAUUACCUCCGCCAUCGUCUUUCCGACGAAGACAAACAUACAAAUAAUAAAAUAGAAAUAAACAAACAAACAGAUGGACACGGCGAGGGGACAGACACGCGAGAAUAUGUUGCUUGUUGCGUUACGCCUGGGCCAACAAGACUAGUCCAAAGUAAAUGCAUAGGUUUAGGCAGGAGCCAGUGACAGCUUGUACGCCAUGUUUCGGUAUCGCCAGCUACGUAACCCGGAGGUGGCUGUUAAGGCCUUCAUAAGGUAAACAAUCGUGCGCGCACACACUACUUAGUACGGGAUUGAUUACCCAAGCUGCUAACUGGAAAAACCUGAAGGUCAAAAAAAAUGACUGGCCCAGGUCGAUUAUAAUGAUAAACGAUAAAAUAAUAUUUGACGCUUACCUAUCUCGACAAUUGGUUGCGGGCUAGCUAACAAGUCGCGAUGCGUCACGCUUGAUCAGAAGUGGAUUAACGACUCCCGAAACGCUGGUAGAGAUGACAGUUUUAGUUGCUCAAAGUGAUUAUUUGAAGACAAGUAACAGCCGAUUUGGUGACGACGGCUUUAUCUACAAUGUGAUCUCAGUGAACGAUCGUUUAAAAGCGCAUUAUCAUUGUGAUUCGAAUGAUUCCGUUCUGACAAUUGAAGAUGCUCGUAUGAUCUUAUAUAUAUAUUUUUUUUUAUGUCCAAUUUUAGGUAUCUUAUACAGCUCGUAUAGAUAACGCUUAAAGCAGGGAUGAAGAAAAAACCACCAACAAUAAAGUUGCCACAAUGCAGACGAGUUGCAAAACAGCAACGGCCACAUCGGGGCUGAUCGGAUUAUUUGUAACAAUGGGAAAAAAAUCUGUAACGGGAAGGUAACUAGCCUCGAUUUAACAUGCGGAAGGACAGAACGAGCACAAAAGACAAGCGAGCAUAGAUGUGAAGGGAAAACGUAGUCGUAUCAUGGAAAAGAUACAGAUAACAAUGUAAGAAAGGCUAGUUUUUUUGCCGGUUUCGACAAUAACGAAAGCUAGUCGAUGGCAAAUGUUCGAUAAAACGCUAAAAUACUUAACACGAGAGAAAGAAAAAGGCUAUGAUAAUCUGUUGUAUACUAGAUAAUUAAUAUACGAUGAAUAGUGAUAAUAAAAAUCUUAACAAGAAGAAUACUGAUGAUAGUUGACAAGGGUUACGUGAGAUGAGAGCAUGUAACAAAUAUCAAUGUGUUCCUUUUAAGCAUACCGAGACACAUACACAUGCACAGAUCCUGAGUUACAGUCGUCUCCCACGACGUGCAGGAUUCAUUCAAUUAUAGUCAAAUGUAGAAAGACGAGAGAACGGGAGCCGAACUUCUCUGCGGCCAUCUAUUGAUUUAAACCAUAACACUUUUUUUAAAAAAAAAAUACAUUAAAUAUAGCCAGCAUGAUGAUGAUGAUAAUAAAGGCGACAUAAAUAUGAGCAGGAAAAUGAAUUGGACAAACAAAGCACGAGUAAAAUGGCAAAGGACGAGGGGGACUGCCGACAUGAAUAAAAGGGAAUACAUCCAGCUAUGUACAUAGAUGCUGAUCAGAUGAU